GGAGCUGUCCAUUGGCAGCCUGCUUAAAGGGGCCGCGAAUAGUUUUCGGCCGCACGUCAGAAGAGCCUGAAGUAAGAAGAGGGCGGUGCCGUCCUCCGUGUCCUGGUCCCACGCCCGCGAAAGGGGAUGUGGGCAGGCCCACGUCUGUCCUUCUGCUCGCUGCACCGGGGAGCUCCCGAUCGGGGACAGUGAUGCUGAAGUCUCAUGCCCAGAGAGCGGCCUCCUCCAUCGGGCCUCCAAGGUCACUCUUUCUCAGUGACUUACUGAGCACUGCAGCUACCAACUUCUAAAGCACUACUCUCACAUGCCCCGGGCAGUGUCUUCUAGUCAUCUCAGCUACAGCUGGCACCAAGACUUUCCUCACACCCCAAGACGAGACAUCAAAAACCAGGUUCUCUGCUCUUCUUGCCAAGCACUGACAUGUUUGUGUUAGGUCUCCCUUCAAAGGAAAAGAGAAUGAGCCUGAAUUUCAGUCGUGGAUAAGCUGAGAAUGUGUGUGUAAAAUGCAAGCUGGAUGUAGCAGAAGACUCUGUAUCCUGCCCCUUGUCCUUGGACCAUGAAGGUCCUGGAUGAGAGUCUUUUCUGGAUGCUGCUUCCUUUCUUCCACUUGAUAGCCAGUGCCGCUGAGCAUGAGGAGGUAGCAAAGCAUGCCAUCAAGUUACACCGAGGGAAGGGUGCCACUGCCACUCAGAGGAAGCAGUGGGUCCUAGACAGCUGCAGGAGGCUCACUGGGCUCCUGCGGCAGAAGAACGUUGUCCUGAACAAACUGAAGAAUGCCAUCAGGGCUGUGGAGAAGGACGCCAGCCUGUCGGGGGAAGAGAAGCUCUUCCAGGUGCACACAUUUGAAAUUUUCCAGAAAGAACUGAAUGAAAGUGAAAAUUCAGUCUUCCAGGCCAUCUACGGAUUGCAGAGAGCCCUGCAGGGGGAUUACAGAGAUGUGGUCAACAUGAAAGAGAGCAGCAAGCAACGUCUAGAGGCUCUGAGGGAGGCUGCCAUUAAGGAAGAGACAGAGUAUGUAGAACUUCUUGCUGCAGAAAAACACCAAGUGGAAGCCCUUAAAAACAUGCAGCAUCAAAACAAGAGUCUAUCCAUGCUUGACGAGAUCCUUGAAGACGUAAGGAAAGCUGCGGACCGUUUGGAGGAAGAGAUAGAGGAGCAUGCCUUCGAUGACAAUAAAUCAGUCAAAGGAGUCAACUUUGAGGCAGUUCUGAGAGUGGAGGAAGAGGAGGCCAGUUCCAAGCAGAAUAUCACAAAGCGGGAAGUGGAGGAUGGCCUGGGCCUCAGCAUGCUUAUCGACUCCCAGAAUAACCAGUAUAUUCUGACAAAGCCCCGAGAUUCAACUAUCCCACGUGCAGACCACCACUUCAUAAAGGACAUCGUGACCAUAGGAAUGCUAUCCUUACCUUGUGGUUGGCUGUGUACAACAAUAGGAUUGCCCACGAUGUUUGGGUAUAUAAUUUGUGGUGUGCUUCUGGGGCCUUCAGGACUGAACAGUAUUAAGUCCAUUGUGCAGGUGGAGACGCUGGGAGAAUUUGGGGUCUUCUUCACCCUGUUUCUUGUUGGCCUGGAGUUUUCUCCAGAGAAGCUGAGGAAGGUGUGGAGGAUAUCUUUACAAGGACCUUGUUAUAUGACACUACUGAUGAUUGCCUUUGGCUUGUGGUGGGGACACCUCCUGCGGAUCAGACCCACUCAGAGCGUCUUCAUUUCCACCUGUUUGUCCUUAUCAAGCACACCCCUGGUGUCCAGGUUCCUCAUGGGCAGUGCCCGGGGUGAUAAAGAAGCAGGUGACAUUGACUACAGCACAGUGCUGCUGGGCAUGCUGGUGAUGCAGGAUGUGCAGCUGGGGCUCUUCAUUGCUGUCAUGCCAACACUUAUCCAGGCAGGAGCAAGCACAUCUUCCAGCAUUGUCAUGGAAGUACUGCGGAUACUGUUUCUGAUUGGACAAAUUCUCUUUUCGCUAGCUGCUGUUUUUCUCCUCUGUCUGAUCAUAAAGACUUAUCUCAUAGGACCAUAUCACCGAAAGCUGCGUGUGGAAAGCAAAGGCAGCAAAGAAAUCCUUAUCCUUGGAUUAUCCGCUUUCAUCUUCCUGAUGUUGACGGUCACAGAGCUGUUGGACGUCUCUAUGGAGCUUGGCUGCUUCCUGGCUGGAGCACUGAUCUCUUCCCAAGGGCACGUUGUCACAGAGGAGAUCAUGGCUUACAUCGAGCCUAUCCGUGACUUCCUGGCCAUUAUCUUCUUCGCAUCCAUAGAGAGAAAUGACAAAGACUGCAUGGAGAUGUGGAGCCUUUCCCGAUGUUUCCUGUGGCUGCCGUGCCCUAGUGUGUGUACCCUAGUCCCCAGUCUACAAGGAGUGCUGGAUCCUGUGCCUACCUGGGCAUUUUGCUGCAUUCUCUGCAGGGCUUCAUGUGUUCCCCACCUUUGUGAUCUACGAGUUGACUGUGCUGGUAUUCCUCACCCUGUCUGUGGUCGUCAUGAAGUUUGUAUUGGCAGUGUUGGUCUUGUCUCUCAUCCUGCCAAGGAGCAGCCAGUACAUCAAGUGGAUUGUAUCAGCGGGCCUGGCACAGGUCAGCGAGUUCUCCUUUGUUCUGGGGAGUCGAGCACGGAGAGCGGGCAUCAUCUCGAGAGAGGUGUACCUCCUCAUUCUAAGUGUGACCACACUGAGCCUCUUACUUGCCCCAGUGCUGUGGAAAGCGGCCAUUACAAAGUGUGUGCCAAGACCAGAGAGGAGGUCAAGUCUCUGACAGCACCAGAUGACAAUGGACUGUGGGCUGGGGGUCCUUCUCAGGAGUUUGGAGUCCUCAGAUGGUUUGUUGCUGCACCGUCAGUCCUGCUGGCCUACCUUCAGAGACAGAGCAGUGUCAACAAAGAGGCAGUGUCCUCAUGUUUGCUUGCAUUUUUACAAAUUCUCCUGUCAUGUUUUUCCGGAGUAAUUUAUUUGCAGUCAGUUGAUUAUGUACAGAGUUUUGACACUGCAUUUUACAGUCACCUGAGCUAUUUUGCCUUGAUGUGCCUUUUUUUAAAAAAUGAAGAUUAUUAACUUCCUAUUGUUAAUUCAUCAGCCCAUGAGUUUUUGGUAAAGAAGAAAAAUUAGAAAGCCUUUUUUAUUUAUUGUACAAUUAUAAUUUGUUGGUCAAAUAUUUGUUAUUAAACAUUAUGGUUAUAUGAGAUUUUAAUUUUAUUUUUAAGCUUGGAAGCUUACUUUUGAUCUUUAAAGACUUGCUGUCCUCUUGCCUCUUGUAACUAUUUUAAAUAAAACAUUUUCAUGUUGAUUUUUA